AUGGCAGGAAGACGGAAAGAGAGAGGCUCUCGAUCAGAGAGCCUUGUGCACGGUGUUGACGUGCAGUACGGGCAACAGGCCAACAGCCAACGGACAGGCCGGGAACACCAACAGAAUAAUUGCCUCUGGGCUCCGACGGGCCUCAGAUUUUGCAGCGCUCGCCUACAUUUUAGUGGGCCGGUUCAGGUCCCUCACCCGCACGCCGCAAGGCGCGCCGCCGUCCCUCCCGCUCGCCGCCCGUGCAGCUGGCCGCCGUCUGCCCCUCCCGGCCCCCGCCCGCCGCCCGCGCAGGUGGACGCCGCCUCCACUCCAACGACCAAGGGGGCACCUCCAGUGGCAUUUCCUCGUGUGGAUGGAAAGAUCAAGAAGAUUGAGUUGCCAGAGGAUGUGUACGUUAACAAGUUCUUCAAAAAGCAUCCAGAUUCGCUCUACCAUGAUGCAAUCAAGAUAAGCGGAUUUGAUCCGCCACCAGCACGAGUUUUCGCUUGGCGUGUCUUGGAGUUGAAAGAGCAAGGAGUCAGCGAAGAUUAUGCAAUGGCUGUGGCAGAUUUUGAGUAUCGUAAAGAAAAGAAAGCAAAGAAGAAAGCAUACAAGGAAUUGAAAGAAAUCGCUCGCAGUGAAGGGAAGGAACCGCCGCCAAACCCAUACCCAAGUGUCAUCAAAGAAAUACAAGCAGAGGAAAAGAAGUAUGUUAUGGACCGUUUCUAUAACCCAAAGGUAAUUGAGAUUGCAAAUAAGAUGAAAGAGGAGAGAGAUAUGUUGCUUUGAGAUAGAGCGGCAUCAGGUCAGUGGUAGUAGCAGGUUUUUGUUGGACUGACCGACUUGGUACUAUUGUUUGACAUCAGCCAACUGUUAUCAUAAAAAAAUAAUGGAUGCAUACAUGGCAUUGAUAUGGCAAACAAGAAACUCAUUUGGUCUUGUACAUUUUCCUUCUUUUGAUGGUAGUAGCUGAGCUCAAAACAAAUCUUACCAGCUUGAUGCUAUAUGGAUGGUUGUGCUCUAUUAUGCACACUCGGGUUGCAGGCGGGGAGGGUUCAUAAACGAACCCGCCUAGCCGCCCCGCAAAAUCAACUCUCGUGGCCCAUGCGGCCCAGCUGCAAUGCUUUUGCGGGUCGCUGUUAUCCUGCCUACCAAGCCCAGUGGAUAGAGGACCGACCCACGAGAACCCACGAGAAACCCGCAAGAAACCUAUUGGUGCUCAGCCGCCGCCGCCGCCGCCGCCAACCUCCGCCUGCAUCUCCUUCUUGCGCGGUGUACGGCGAAGGGAACAAACACUACUAUUGUCGCCCUUCGUCCACCUCCUCACAUCGCCUCUGUCUGCCAGACCUCAUGCUCUGCCGCGACGGCGGCCGCCGCCGCUGCCGUCAUGCCGUCAACGGAGGAGAGGAUUAGCGCAGCACAAAUGCACAAUACCUUCACCGCUGAGCGCCUUGCGCUGUGCUUUCCGGCCGUUGUCCUCGUUUGCUGCUCCGGGACUGGCCCGCGCUCAGGACUCUCCUGGUCAUCUCAGGAAUCAGAGCACAAUAUCCUGAUUUGUUUACCCUCUCCACGCAAGUUGCCUUGCCUUUCGUUGUAUACUUGUAUGCAUGUGCAGGGCAUACCUGGGAAGUAACGCCUUCAAUUUUGCAUCAUGGCUAAUUGAUCCAUAGUGGUAAUUUUAGCAGCACAAUCUCACGGGUGUUUCCGAUUAUUUGGAUUUUAGCAAAAUCUGAAUCUGAAAAUGCAUGCUUGUAGACUAGUAAUGUCGUGGAUUUUGGAAAAAUAUUUAUGACUACUUGGACUUAAAUUUCCUUAGAAUUCCACCGGUUACAAACGAUUCCUUUGUCUAGCCUUAUGAUAUCUUAAAGUAGUACAAACAUGAUGGUCUGGACUUCUUUUUUUGUGAAAUGGUCUCGACUUCCUUGUUAAAGAGUUGACAUGACAUGGUUCAGCUAGUGUUAUAUGCCACGGUUAGGUGCUAGAGGCAAUUUCUGAUAAUUGCUUAAAUUUUCAAUUGUUCAUGUUUCUCCAUAUGUGCUAGAGGCAAUUUCUGGUAGUUGCUUAAAUUUUCAAUUGUUCAUGUUUCUCCGUAUGUAGCAGCAACCAGAGGUUAUACGCCAUGCCUACUUCAAUAUUGCAAAACAUGAUAAGAAUCGCCAUUAGUGCCAUCAUGGCUCAUGAAGUGCAAUACUAAUAAUGCAAACUUGUUAUGCAUAAGAUGAUAUUAGCGAUGACGAGGAUCAGUUAGAAUAAAAGCUGACAGGUAUUUUCUUCUUGAAUCUGUUAUGCAGUAGAGUUGCUUCUAUGCUAUCCUGUUUUGAAUCUGAGAGAAAUCUUGUAGCUGUUUUGAAGGAAGGGUCUGCUUGAAGGAAGAAGAAGCUUUGCAGCUACUCCCCCUUUUUUUAACUUAAAAGUCCUGGUGAGUUAUGGUGUUCCCUUGCUGAAAGAAGCUAAUGAGAUGUGGUUCACCUCAAUGUAAUCUAUCCUUAGUAGUUGGUUUAAUUCAAUCAGAUUGAACUAUACGCUGAUUCUAAAUUUUAAUGUCUUUUCAAAUCAUUAAAAACUAUGAGCUGCAUAUAAUGUUUGUUCUUACCAUUAUUGUUCUGAAAUUAGAGUUCUCAAUGAUGAAUAACUAUAUUUAGACUCAAAUGAUAGUAGACACUACAGUUUCUUUGCUCCUGCAGCUAAGAUUUCA